AUGCCUACCUUAAACCUCACUAGUGAUAGCCACACCAUCUUCCACUUGCUGGGCAUCCCCGGCCUAGAAGACCAGCACAUGUGGAUUUCCAUCCCCUUCUUCAUUUCUUAUGCCAUUGCCCUGGUUGGGAACAGCCUGCUCAUCUUCAUCAUCCUCACAAAGCGCAGCCUCCACGAGCCCAUGUACCUCUUCCUCUGCAUGCUGGCUGGGGCAGACGUUGUCCUUUCUACAUCCACAGUUCCUCAGGCCCUGGCCAUCUUCUGGUUCCAUGCUGGGGAGAUCUCCCUGGAUCGCUGCAUCACUCAGCUCUUCUUCAUCCAUUCCACUUUCAUCUCUGAGUCUGGGAUCCUGCUGGUGAUGGCGUUUGACCGCUACAUCGCCAUUUGCUACCCACUGAGGUACACCACUAUUCUUACAAAUUCCCUGAUUGGCAAAAUUGGCUCAGCUAUCUUCCUAAGAAGUUAUGGUACAAUUUUCCCCAUAAUAUUUCUUCUGAAAAGACUUACAUUUUGCAGAAAUAACAAUCUUCCACACACUGGUUGUGAGCACAUUGGUUUAGCCAAAUUUUCCUGUGAUGACAUCCGAGUAAAUAUCUGGUAUGGUUUUUUUGUCUUGAUGUCAACAGUGACUUUAGAUGUUAUUCUGAUUUUUAUUUCUUACAUGCUUAUUCUCCGUGCAGUCUUCCACAUCCCUUCACAAGAUGCUCGCCACAAAGCCCUCAAUACUUGUGGUUCCCAUGUCUGUGUCAUCAUCCUCUUCUAUGGGCCUGGAAUCUUCUCUGUCCUCACUGAGCGGUUUGGGCACCACAUUGCCCCCCAUAUCCAUGUCCUGUUGGCCAAUAUCUGCAUCCUGGUUCCACCUAUGCUAAAUCCCAUCAUUUAUGGAGUUAAGACCAAACAGAUCCGGGACCAGUAUUACCAAAUAUUUGUUAUAUUUCCGCCCUGUGGCACACUGUAA